AUGGGUGAAGUUCCAACUGUUAAAAACAUGGUCUCUUCUCUUAUCGUAAGUCCUACAAAUGGUCAGACAAUUAACGAAAAUCAAGCAUUUGAUGUUAAAGCAGCUACGAACAACCUCAUCACUGGUUUCUUCUCUGAUCCAAAAACUCAGUAUUAUACUAAUCCACAAACACUUGGAGCCAAUGGUCAGAUCCAAGGACAUAGUCAUAUUACAAUCCAACAAUUAAAUGGUAACACUCCCCCUGAUCCACAAUUAUUUGCUUUUUUCCAAGGAUUGAAUAAUGCAUCCGUGAACGGUAUUUUGGCUGUUACUGUAGCAAAAGGUUUACCUGCUGGUAAUUAUAGAAUUUGCACUAUGACUUCCUCGCUUUCUCAUCAGCCUCUUAUUAUGCCCGUUGCUCAACGUGGUUCUCAAGAUGAUUGUAUCAGAAUUAACGUUAAACCAAACAAUAAUGGAAAGGGUGCUAAUAACGGAAAUAACAAUAAUGGAAAGGGUGCUAAUAAUGCAAAUAAUGGAAACGCAAAUAAUGGAAAGGGUGCCAAUAACGCAAAUAAUGGAAACGCAAAUAAUGGAAAGGGUGCCAAUGGUCAGGGUGCCAAUGGUCAAGGUGCCAAUGGAAAGGGUGCCAAUGGUCAGGGUGCCAAUGGUCAAGGUGCCAAUGGAAAGGGUGCCAAUGGUCAAGGUGCCAAUGGUCAAGGUGCCAAUGGAAAGGGUGCUAAUACUCAAGAUGCUAAAGGAACGGGUACUAAUACUCAAGGUGCCAAUGGAAAGGGUGCUACUAACACAAAUAAUGGUCAAGGUGCUAAUGCUCAAGGCAAGGCGGCAAGGAUAAAGGCAGUCAAGAAGAGAGCUCUUUUUUAA